GCGGUGAGCACGUGUGCGUGCACGUGUCAUCUGCCCAGAGUGUCGCGCUGUUGUCGAGUGGCUCCCGCGCGUCGCUACAUGUGUGCUGACCACGAGCCCGCGCUCCUGCUGCAGCACCUCCGACAGUGUGACCCUGUAAGCGUGCACGACAGGUGAAGCAGUGAGAGAGACGGCCCCGUACCGCAACAUGGCAGCCCUCAGCGGGCUCUGAGCUGCGCCGCAGGCAGGCAGGCAUGAGCCGCAGGCGGCAGCCGGGCGUCCUGCUGCUGCUGACUGGCGCCGUGGCUGCGGCAGCCCUGCGUCACCAGGGGCCGCCGGCCAGCUGCCACGUGGCGCUCGGCAUGGAGGAGGGCCGCAUCCCGGACUCUGCGGUGUCCGCCAGCUCCUCGUACGAGCCCAAGUCUGUGGGGCCGCAGAACGCCAGGAUCCGGCAGGAGAAGAACGGCGGCGCGUGGUGCCCGAAGGCGCAGAUCAGCAGCGAGGUGCAGGAAUUCCUGGAGGUGGACCUGGGCCGGCCGCACCUCAUCACCGCCACCGAGACGCAGGGCCGCUUCGGCAACGGGCAGGGCCAGGAGUACGCCGAGUCCUUCCACCUGCUCUACUGGAGGGACGCGCUGCAGCGCUGGGUCAUCUACAGAGACUCCACUGGGCGCAAGUUGAUGUCCGGAAACCGCAACACGUACCUGGCGGUGCGGCAGCAGCUGGAGCUGCCGUUCGUGGCCAGCCGCGUGCGCUUCAUGCCCUACUCCCAGCACACCAGGACCGUCUGCAUGCGGGUCGAGCUCUACGGCUGUCCCUGGACUCAGGGCAUCUUCAGCUACGUGACUCCGAAGGGCGACCGCUGGUCGGACGGGCAGCAGCUGGAGGACCUGAGCUACGACGGCGUCAGGGACGGCCGCUUCGUGGCCGCCGGCCUGGGGCAGCUCGUCGACGGCCGCAUCGCUCCCGCCAACCCCGAGGACGACGGGGCCGGCAGGGGACUCGCCUGGAGGCCCGACUGGCGGUGGGUCGGCUGGCACAACGCGACACACCAGGGCCAGCCUGUCGACGUGGACCUGGAGCUGGACGGGCCCCGGGAACUGACCGCUAUCCAGAUACACGCCCUGCACAAGCCCGAGCACGGCAUCCAGGUGUUCUGCGAGGUGUCGGUGCAGCUGAGCCUGGACGGCCGCCACUACCAGCCGGCGCUGCGGAGGCCCACGCCGUUGCCCGCCGAGGCCACCGUCAACGUGAGCGUGCCGCUCCAGCAGCGCGUCGCGCGCUUCGUCCGCCUCCAGCUGCACUUCGCCGACGCCUGGCUGCUCGUCAGCGAGCUCGCUCUCGACUCGAUGCCUGUACCUCGCAACGUUUCGCAGCUCUACCUGGAACAGAUGUUUUACCAACAGGACAGCGCUCUCGAGGAGAUAAACAGCCUAGAUUCUGAAAUACCGACGGAGAAACCAGCUCAGAAGCGCAAGGAGAUAGCACCUGCGACAAACGCGGCGGGCGCGCAGCAGGCGUACGUGGGGCUGGUGGCCGGCGGGCUGGCGUCCCUGAUGCUGCUGGCGCUGGCGGCGGCCGCCGUGGUGGUGGUGCGUCGCGGCCGCCAGAAGGUGGCGCUGCUGGCGGGAAAGCCGUGCGGCGGCUUCACGCCGGCGGCGGGGACGGCGGCCGGCGGCGGACUGCCGCGCGCAGCGCCCGGGGGCGGCGUCUCGAUGCGCGGCCUGCAGCUGUCGACGCCGCCGGUGCUGGCGCGCGUGCUGGGGGUGGCCGGCCACGCCAGGGUGGCCGCCGCCCCCACCGCCCCCGCCGCCCCCAGGCGCACCUCCCCCGCGCCGCACGCCGCCGUCUGCAGCCUGUACGGCGGCCGCGGCGACGACAGCGCCAGCGGCAGCGGCAGCAACGGCGACGACAGCGAGAACUCGAGCGUCUACCACGAGCCGUACAAGCUGCUCUCCGCACAGCACGAGUACGGCUGCCUGCUCGCGCCCUCCAAGAGCCACGACUUCGCCGAUUUCUCGAUAGUGAGCAGCUUCCACGACGACCUGCAUUUCGUGGGCAGCAUUUCGCGUCCGGUGACUCCGCACCACCACAAGAACGGUGCUGCCUCUCCCGGGAAGAGGGGGAACUACUACGCAGCCACGGACAUCGUCAACGUGGGCCAGGGCGAGAGGGACAGUUUCACCAAGUACGCCGUGACCGACUUCAUAGUCUGCGACAACUUGCCACACAUUUAACCACCGCUCAACGCUUCAGCCGACCCAGUGGUGUGAAACCAACUUCUGAAACAUCUCCGACACAUUACUUGGAACAUUUUGGACAUGUGCUGACUGAGAGUGACUUUUCGCAGUAAAGCGAAGCUUGAAGAAAAUCUUGUCGUCGCACUGUGCUCUCUCGUCCCACGAGUGGGCAGCAACGUGAAGGAAGUUCGGAAACAAUCACUUUUUUGUCAUUUUAAAUUGUAUCUUAUUAACUGUAUGUUCAGAUGGAAAGAUUUUUACAUAUCUGUUAGAUGUAAAGCACUGUAUCACUGAGAUCGGAUGUUGAUGUGCACUGUUACACUCACACACAGAAUCAGUGAACAUGACCUCGUUCUUCGGCCUUGUACGACCCAGUGUGGCAAACGUCUGUGCCUCUUCGUUCCCCGUAUUUGUACAACUUCUAAAUGGCAAACAUAUGUUUCUAUAUUGUGUAAUAAUAAUUUUCUAGUUUAUUACGAAAUAAAAUUGACAAUC